GAAACUCUCCAGCUGUAUCCUCCUUCUCCACCCGCCCUGCACUGCACACAGAGAAACGUUUUGCAUGUCGUGUUUUGGUGCCAAAUUGGAGGUGUCACAUACUUGCGUGGUUUAAAGUGUUCGCUAUCUGUGCAUUUUAAGUAGAAACGCAAAUCACCUGUAUUUUUUCUAUACAAAUGAUGCAGACGCUCCCCGAACUCCUCAAGGCGCUUUUUUUUUAAAAAAUGUAUGCGUGUGUGAAAAUGUAGAUGCCCCCCCCCCAGCACCCCUUUCUCGUUCCACCAUUCCCCGGUAUUGUGUCUGUGUAAAGUGACGCGCUCCCUUGCCCGUUUCGUUUUGCCCUCCUCCGCCGCCGAUGCGGGUUUGCACAAUGGAGACGCUCCCUAGCCUCGCUCUUCCCCUCCCCCUCGUCCGAAGCUCCCUGUUUGUCUCCAAGAUGGCGGGUGCUGUGGCGGUUUGGGUUUUCGUCUACAAUCGCGGAGGCGCUGCCGUUUCUCGUCCGACUAAACGGGGAUUCGUUCUGUCUGCCGGCGCGACCAGCAACCCCGGUCUUGUCACCUCGGUAUGCUGUUGAUGUGUGGGAAGCAGGAAGGUGAAAUGGUCCCUUUGAUGAGAAGAUUUUGAUUUUUGCUGGAAACUGGAGAGAGAUCGAUCGGAUUGAAAACCAAUCGUGUUCUUUUUUUUGUUUCGACGUGGUUGUGGAAUUAUUAUUACAGUACUUGAAACAAACACAUUUGUUGAGAGGAACACUACAGCUGCUGCUACCGCUACCCCUGCUUUACAGAGUUUGUUCUGGGGAUUCCUGCACACGUUGGAUUAUUGUGGCAUUUCCUGCUGGGAACCCCGAGGAGAGGAGAGGCGGUAGUUCGCACCCUUGUCAAAGCGUCCGGGGGGUGGGUGGAAGUGGUCCCCUGGGGGCUGUUUGUAACGCCUGUGCUAUGGUGAACUGCUUCCCACCGGGCUGCUUGUCUUCACGUUGCGUGGAACUCACCGGCCAGCACCAGGAUAAAGGAUAACCAGGGCGGCUGGCUGGCUGGCUGGCUGGGGGGGGGAUCUCUGUCUCUCUGUCUCUCUCUCUCUGAAUGGAUUAUUCUGCGACCGCGGUUCAGCCAUGGUAAAGCUAGCGAACCCGCUGUACACUGAGUGGAUCCUGGAGGCGAUCAAGAAGGUGAAGAAGCAGAAGCAGCGUCCCUCGGAGGAGCGCAUCUGCAAUGCGGUGUCCAUGUCCCACGGCCUGGACCGCCGCACCGCCCUGCAGCAGCUGGAGCUCAGCGUCCAGGACGGCACCGUCCUGAAAGUGUCCAACAAGGGCCUCAACUCUUACAAGGACCCCGAUAACCCCGGCCGGCUGGCCAUCCCCAAGCCCCGGGGGAACCCGGCCCGGCCGGCCGAGCACAAGCAGGCCCCGGACUGGAACAAGCUGCUGAAGAGCGCCUUGGAGGGGCUGGGCGAGCCGGGGGGCUCCUCCCUGAAGAGCAUCGAGCGCUUCCUCAAGGCGCAGGAGGACGGGGCGGCCUGGCUGGGAGGGGGGGCCCUCGCGUUCCACCAGCAGCUGCGCCUGGCCGCCAAGCGCGCCGUCGGGCACGGCCGCCUGGUCAAGGAGGGGCCGCUGUACCGGCUGUGCGGCCGGGCGCAGUCCCUGGCCUGCCUGCCCCCCGUCCGGCUGCUGCAGCACGAGAAGGACAAGCCGGUUGCCGAGCCCAUUCCCAUCUGCAGCUUCUGCCUCGGGACGAAGGAGCAGAACCGGGACAAGAACCCAGAGGAGCUGAUCUCCUGCGCGGACUGCGGCAACAGCGGUCACCCGUCAUGUCUGAAGUUCUCUGCAGAGUUGACGGUUCGGGUGAAAGCCUUGCAGUGGCAGUGCAUAGAGUGCAAGACGUGUAGUUCUUGUCAAGACCAGGGGAAAAAUGCGGAUAACAUGCUGUUCUGUGACUCGUGUGACCGCGGGUUUCACAUGGAGUGCUGCGACCCUCCACUCACACGGAUGCCCAAAGGAAUGUGGAUCUGUCAGAUCUGUCGGCCGCGGAAAAAGGGAAGAAAGCUCUUACACAAAAAAGCAGCGCAGAUCAAACGGCGCUACACCGCACCCCUGGGCCGUCCCAAGAACAGGUUAAAGAAGCAGAACGCAGCAUCGAAAGGCCCCUUUAAGAAGCUGCGUGGCAGGCCGGGCCUGGGUCGGGGGCGGAGACGCAAGCUCUCCAAACUGUCCCGCGGCUCCUCGUCGCCCCCUUCCUCCCCCUGCUCCUCCUCCUCGUCCUCCUCAGGGGGUUACCCUGGCGACGACCACCUGCUGUUCGACUUCGGGGACGGAGCGGGGAUCCGGCUCAACAAAAAAACCAAAGGGCUCAUCGACGGCCUGACCAAAUUCUUCACCCCCUCCGCGGACGGGCGCAAAGCCCGGGGCGAGGUGGUGGACUACUCGGAGCAAUACAGGAUCCGGAAGAAAGGGGAGCGCAAAUCCAGCACUUCAGACUGGCCAGGAGACAAUCAGGACUCGUGGGAUGACAGGCGGGACGGUGAAGACAGGUUGCUGGGAAGCCAGGAGAUCAUGUCAGAGAAAGACAUCGAACUGUUCAGGCACAUUCAGGAGCUAGCACUGCAGAAAGUCGGGGUGACCGGACCCCCAGAUCCACAGGUGCGCUGUCCUUCGGUCAUCGAGUUUGGGAAGUAUGAGAUCCAGACGUGGUACUCUUCACCGUACCCACAGGAAUACAGCAGACUGCCCAAGCUGUACCUGUGUGAGUUCUGUCUCCGGUACAUGAAGAGCAGAAGCAUCCUCUACCAGCACAUGAGGAAGUGUGGCUGGUUCCACCCGCCUGCCAAUGAGAUCUAUAGGCAAGGCAACGUCUCUGUGUUCGAGGUGGACGGAAACGUCAGUACGAUCUACUGCCAGAACCUCUGCCUGCUCGCCAAGCUCUUCCUGGACCACAAGACGCUUUACUAUGAUGUGGAGCCGUUCCUCUUCUACGUGCUGACGCAGAACGAUGCCAAGGGCUGCCACCUGGUCGGGUAUUUCUCCAAGGAGAAGCAUUGUCAGCAGAAGUACAACGUGUCCUGCAUCAUGAUUCUUCCACAGUACCAGCGCAAGGGCUACGGCCGGUUCCUCAUCGACUUCAGCUACCUGCUGUCGAAGCGCGAAGGCCGGGCUGGCUCCCCGGAGAAGCCUCUGUCAGACCUGGGCCGCCUCUCCUACAUGGCGUACUGGAAGAGUGUCCUCCUGGAGUGCCUUCACCGCUGCCACGACAAGCAGCUGACCAUCAAGAAGCUGAGCAAGCUGACGGGGAUCUGCCCCCAGGACAUCACCGCCACGCUGCAGCAGCUGGGCAUGCUGGAGCCCCGCGGGGGCCGGCUCGUGCUGCUCCGCAGAGAGAAGAUGAUCCUGGAGCACAUGGCCAGGCUGCGAGCUCGGCCUCGGCACAUCGAGCUGCACCCCGAGAGUCUGCACUGGACCCCCGUCAUCGUGUCCAACACUGUGCUGUCAGAGGAGGAGGAGGAGGAGGGGGGAGGAGAUCCCGGCAAGGAGAGCAAGCAGAAUGCAGCUCCUUUACUGAACUCGUGGGAGAAGGAGGAAGAGGGUGGCAAGCGGUUCUCCGUGUUAUCCAACAGCAAGACCCCGUCCACGACCCCCUCCGGUCAACCCAGCCGCCUUCUCACAGCUGACCCGGCGCCACUACCCCCUCCCACCACCAACGGAGAGACCCGGCGUGGCAGGAGGGGCAAGAGGAAGCGGGGGCGCCUCUGGCUGAAAGGGAAGGCAGCGGCUGCAGCAGCAGAGGAGUCCCUGGGAGAGGGAGAGGAAGAGGAGGAGGAGGAGCCCCCCCCUACGCUGCUUGCGGUGGACAGAAAGCCGUCUCUCCCCAAGAGGAGGCUGGGAGAAGGUGGGGAGCCCCCGAGGAGGAGGGGUCGGCCGGGCCAGAAGGGGGCUCUGAAGAGACGGCUCAGCGAGGGGGGGCCCCGGAGGCAGGUGGGCAGGCCUCCGCAGAGGAGGCUGAGUGAGGGAGCCGCGGAGACCCAGAGGAGCAGGUGCUUCAGCGAGAGCAGCGAGGAGGAGGAGGAGGAGGAGGAGGAGGAGGAGGGAGCCAGCUCUCCGCCCGCGCUCUCCAAACCCACACUCAAGUGCAAGAAGCCUCUCAGGAAGCGGCGAGUGCGGAGGCGCAGUCACCCCCACAGCAGCGUCGUCACGGAGACCAUCUCGGAGACCACCGAGGUGCUGGACGAGCCCUUCGUGGACUCGGACUCGGAGAGGUCCAUGCCACGGCUGGAGCCCACGUUGGAGAGCUCCUUCACACGGGGGUACCGCCGCUGCCUGCCCCCCCGAGCCGCUCUCCGACAGACGCCCUCCGGCAAGAGGAAGCAGCGGCAGCGUGAGGGAGAGUCCGAAGAGGAAGACACUCCGGUCCUGAAGCCCGUCUGGACUCUGCGCAAACCGGACCUGGACGGGGAGCCUUCGGAACUGCAGCCAGCGACGCCGGUGAAGAAGAAGAAGAAAGGCUGGCCCAAGGGCAAGAGCCGCAAGCCCCUGCACUGGAAGAGGAAUCCUGGGCGGCAGCCUGGAGCAGCUGAGGAGGAGGACCGGAGCCCCAAGACAGAGGCGCCGCCAGCCCGGCCCAAGAUGAAGCCCGGGAGGAAGCCGCGCAGCUACUACCUGCAGAGAGAGGCAGAGGCACGGGCCGCAGAGCAGAGGGAGUGCGGGGAGAUCCACAAGAGACGGACGCAGCAGCAGCUAGAAGAGGCAAACAAGAAAACAGAGGAGGAGGGGGAGAAAGUGAGCAGCGCGUCCAAGACACUCGUGGUGGCUCCGGGGGGCUCCGGGAGCCCUGCGGCCGAGCUGAAAGACACAGGAACGGAAGAGGAACAAGAGGAGGAGGAGGAGGAGCAGCAGCAGCAGCAGCAGCAGCCCCCUCCUUUUCCUCUCCCGCUCCCGCUCCCUCUCGCUCUCCCCAAGUCCCCGGAAGGCAGGCGAGGGAGGCUGGAGGAAGAGGAGCUGGAGGAAGAAGAGAGGGAGGAGGCGGCCGGGGGCAACCCCAGCGACGACCAUGACGCAGAUGAUGAAGACGACGGCCCCCUGGAGAUUAAGAAUCCAACGGCAACGGGAACGAGCGCGGAGAGGGAGAGGGAGGCUGCCAAGAGAGAGCCAGCAGGGGGGCAGCAGGAGACUGCUUCUGCUUUAGACACCAGCACUGAAGAGAACAACCACGAAGAGGAGGAGGAGGAGGGGAUCAGAAACAGUGUGGACUCUGAGGAAGAGCAGGUUCCCAACGAAACGCACUUGGAGCAGAUUCACGUUCCGGAGGUUGAGGAGGAAAGGAGAGGAGACGGGGCCAAGGAAAGCAGCAGCAGCAGCAGCAGCCUGAUGGAGCCAGAACUACAGCAGCAACAGCAGCAAGAGGAGCAGGAAGAGAUGAAUCAACAUCACCAUCUGAAUCACCUCCCACACCACCCACACCACCAGCACCACAGCAGCGAACUGGACCUGGAGACGGUGCAGGCUGUGCAGUCCCUGACCCAGGAGCAUGAAGAGGGGGCCUACCAGGACUGCGAGGAGACGCUGGCCGCCUGCCAGACCCUGCAGAGCUACAACCAGGUGGAUGAGGAUGAGGAUGAGGAGGAGGAAGAGGAGGGGGACCGCUCCCUGUCCCUGGGGGAGGACUGCAGCCACGCCAGCCCAGUCUCCACGGGGCACCCCCACCCCAGCCAGUCCGUGCGCUCGGCCAGCAGCCCCAGCGUGCCCCCAGGCCUGGAGGCAGGAGCAUCAGGAGGAGGGGGAGGCUACACCCAGAUCAGCCCCGAGCAGGGCUCCCUCUCGGCUCCCUCCCUGCAGAACAUGGAGACCAGCCCCAUGAUGGACGUGCCCUCGGUGCCCGAUCACUCGCAGCAGGUGGUGGACAGUGGCUUCAGCGACCUGGGCAGCAUCGAGAGCACCACGGAGAACUAUGAGAACCCGAGCAGCUACGACUCCAGCAUGGGGGGCAGCAGCAGCAGCAGCAGCGCCAACAACAUCAUCAACCACCAGGCCAACCAGCAGGCCAACAGCUGCUCUUUCGGGGCCGGCGAUGGGGCGAGAGGAGGCUUGACGUCUUCCGGGGGGGUUCUGUCCCAAAGCAGCAGCAGCAGCAAUAAUAACAGCAGCAACAGCAGCAGCAGCAGCAGCAGCAACUCUGGCAGUAGCUGUGUGAUCACCCAGAUGACCGGGAUGAACAGCAGUUGUAGUUUAAUGCAGCCUCAACCCCCUCCUCCUCCUCCCCCUCUCCCACCACCUCCUCCUCCUCAGUCUUCUUCAAAUCUUCAAAUCAAAUCUCCGCAGAGCUGUGUGAUUGAGAGGCCCCCGAGCAGCAACCAGCAGCCCCAGAAGAAGCAGCAGCAGCAGCAGCAGACAGCCCCUCCUCCCCAGCCCCCUCCCCCUCCUCAUCCCCGCGCUUCCCAGCAGCAGCAGCAGCCGUCCCUGUCCCAGUGCAGCAUGGGCAACAGCUUCACCUCCACCCCCAUGAUCAUGGAGAUCCCCGAAUCGGGCAGCUCGGGCGCCCUGAGCCUGUACGAGAGGAUGGGGCAGGACUUCGGGGCAGGCGGCUACUCCUCCCAGCCCUCCGCCACCUUCAGCCUGGCCAAGCUGCAGCAGCUCACCAACACCAUCAUGGACCCGCACGCCAUGCCCUACAGCCACCCGGCCGUCUCCUACGCCACCAGCGUCUCCCUGUCCAACCCGGCCGGCCUGGCCCAGCUCGCCCCCUCCCCGCACCCCCAGGCACAGGCCACCAUGACCCCGCCCCCCAGCCUGGGCUCCCCGCUGCUGCAGUGCAACAUGCCUGGGGCCAACCUGGGCAUCCCGCACACACAGCGCCUGCAGGGCCAGAUGGCGGUCAAGGGCCACAUCUCCAUCCGCUCCAAGUCGGCCCCGCUGCCCUCGGGGCCCUCCCCCCACCAGCAGCAGCAGCAGCAGCAGCAACAGCAGCAGCAGCUGUACAGCCGGGGGGGGCCCAUGCAGGGGGGUCCGCGGACGCUGGCGGUGCAGAGGGGCAUGAUGCCCAACCUGAUGCCCAGCCAGGCCUACAAUGUGAACUCCAUGAACAUGAACACGCUCAACGCCAUGCAGGCCAGCUAUCGCAUGGGCCAGCCCAUGAUGAACAGCAGCUACCACACCAACCCGGCCUACAUGAACCAGCCCGCCCAGUACCCCAUGCAGAUGCAGAUGGGCAUGAUGGGGGGGCAGGGCUACCCACAGCAGCCUAUGCAGCCGAAUCACCACGGCAACAUGAUGUACACGGGGCCCUCCCACCACAGCUACAUGAACGCAGGGGUCCCCAAGCAGUCGCCUUACAUGAGCAGAUGAGCCUGCGAGUGGGGAGGGAGGGGGCUGAAACAAACAAAUUGUUCAUAAGGCGAGGGUGGGGGGGGUGAAUGACUUAACGAGAGAAAUAAAAGAAACAGGCUUGACUUUCCUCCGGUGGCGAAAAUACAAAAGGAAAGAAAUGACGGACCUCUGUUUCGAAGGGCACUCCCUGUGACUGGGGCAGGUCAGCUUGUGCUCUUUGUGUCUCUCUCUCUCUCCUCUGGAAAAGCCUGGUCUUUUUUUACUGAAGUGUUUUAAUUAAGAAAAGAAAAGUGGAGAGAUGAUGAAGAUGAUGUGAGGGUGGAGAGGAAACAAAUAAACAAACCAUCCAUACAAGCGAUGGAUUUGAAGACUUCAGAACCCGGCACACGAUCUUUACAUUGAAAUAGGAAGCCUUACCUACAGAAAAAAAAAAAACAACAACUAAAAAAUGUAGAAAUGUAAAGUCUGCUUUUUUUUUUUAAGAAAUGUUUUUAAUGUUUUGUUUCUUUGUGUGCAUUCCACAUCCUUUUUUAUUUUCUAUGUUAUCUGAAAAGGUUUAUUCUAGAAGUCAUGACGGGGAGAUGUUAAAAGCACUCUGUUUGAAAACCCACCGUCACCCUGUUACCCACACUGGAGGCCACAGGGUCUGCUGCGCUGAGGAGCAUCUGAACCCGGGUCCGGAGCACCGCGGGGUCUCCUGGCUUUCGCUCCACCCCGAGCUCUCACUUACUUAAUUAGUCUAAUUAUUUGAUUAACUGGACACAUUUAACACUUCUCUCCAGGCCUCAAAAUGUUUUGUAGGUCUGAAUCAAGUUGAUUGUUUAUAUCAUCAGCUGUAAAAUUAAAUAUGUCCAAUUGAACAAAAAAAUAAUUAGAUCAAUUAUGUUAAUUGAGAGCUUAAGUUGGAAUGAAAACCAGAAGACCCUGCGGCCCCCCCUUGAGGACUGGAGUUUGACACCCCUGCUCCAGUCCCAGGUGAGGGGGUUAGUCUGCUCCAGUCCCAGGUGAGGGGGUGAGUCUGCUCCAGUCAGGACAGUCCUAGGUUAGGGGGUGAGUCUGCUCCAGUCAGGACAGUCCCAGGUGAGGGGGUGAGUCUGCUCCAGUCAGGACAGUCCUAGUUUAGGGGGUGAGUCUGCUCCAGUCAGGACAGUCCCAGGUGAGGGGGUGAGUCUGCUCUAGUCCCAGGUGAGGGGUUUCAUACUCUGGGCUUUCUCUGUGAACCAGUCCCUCCACAGUGAACGGUGCAGCCCAGGAGUUUAGAAAGAAAUGAGGGAGGGGGGCGGGGAGCCUUUGGACUUGUAUGCCUUGAGUUUAUUUUUGUAAGAGGGGGAAAUACAAAAACAAGGUUCAUGACUUGUCUGGCAUUCUCAUAGAGCAGACUGAAAGCAAGAUGUCGCUGCUCUGGAUGUGUUUGUGUUAUUUUUCCUCAUCUGAACUCCGUACUGAAAUGCAGUAACAAGGCUGGUUUGAGUGAAUUCACUGGGACACAUCUUCCAGUCUUAGAUUUCUGAUAUACUGCUGGCCAGACCUCAGCAUUAAAAAAACUAACAAAAAAAAUAAUAAUUGUGUAGCCUCGGCCUAAAACUAGAAAGUAUUAUUUCUUUAGAUGAAUAUAAUAAUAAACCGUUUCCUGGGUGAGAAUAUGACUGUUCUGUGCUUCCUGUUAACACACAUUUUCAAUGCGCGACAUCGAGCCGCGUUUUAACUGCGUGUCCAGCAAAGCCCUUGAGUCUGCCAGACAAGAAGAGUUCACUUGAGGGUGAAAAAAGAGAGUCAAAUGUCCGCCACGCCCCCCUCCCCCAAGUGUACCGGCUGUGGUUCAAUCCUGAACCCGUUCAGCUGUGAUUCAUACCAUUAACCUGUUCAUUUAAUCGUGAUGUUUUAUACCAUGCUUGUUGUUUCAAUGUUCUAACUUUAAACGGGAGGGGAGGAGACUGUAAAAAUAUUAGACUUUUUUAUUUUGGUUUUUUUUUUCUGAAUUUUUCCAAUCGGGGCAGCUUCCUUUUGUAAAAGAGCUGACCUCUUAUUUUAUUGUUUUCGAGUUUAGAAACUUGUAGAGAGAAAAUGUUUUUCUAUAAUAUAAAAAAAAAAGAAAAAAAAAAUCCUACAUAUUAAUAUUGGUACUUGUCAUUUUGUUUGUUUCACUUUAUAUUUUUUAGCAGGAUACUUGGGUAAAUCUUAUUAAAAAAAUUAAAAAUAAAAAAAAAAGUUGUAAGCUCACUCUUUAGUGACUACGAUGCCUUUAAGCGUUCCGUUCCAUCUCAUCUUUAGAAUUUUCUAUCUUUGUUGUAGUAUAUUAAAAGCUAUUUUAAGAAGAAAAAGACAGAAAUCUGAAGUUCUCUAGUGGUUUCUUUUUGUUUUUUUUGUGUAUAGGACGACUCCCGAUGCCUUUGAAAGCCGCAUGUAAAAAGGAGCUGAGUGUAUUCCUGUCUGUUUUCUAUUGCUUUCUCUUUUUGUAUUCUUUGUAAUUGUACAUGGUGCGUUGUGAUCUGUGAGGGAGGCAAUGCUGAACCCUGUGCAGUUCGACUCGGUCUCCCUUCUCUUCCCCUGUAUGGAAUCAAGUACUUUCAAAAGAACUCCUGUACAUUUUAACAUAAAAAAUAAAUAAAUUAUGUUGAACCGUU